AUGUUCAAGCAGUUGGUGUGCGCUGCCCUGCUGGCCACUUUGGUCCAGGGUACAAUCUUCGAACGGCCCUGCCGUACGGACGUUUCGGCCGUACAGGACUUCCAGGUGGAUAGGUAUCUCGGGCUGUGGUACGAUCUCGAGCACUACGAGGCAAGCUUCGAGCAAAACACGGAUUGCGUAACGGCCGAGUACAGCCGCCAGGCGGAUGGUUCUAUCCGCGUGUUCAAUUCCGCCGUCCGGCUUACGGACGGGUUGCUGUACGCGGUGGACGGUUUGGCACUGUUGAGCUACCCGGAAGCGGAGGUGCUCGAGGCAAAGCUGAACGUAUCAUUCUACGGUGCACCGAACGAUGAAUCGAACUACUGGGUAUUGGAUACGGAUUACGAGAAUUACUCAAUUGUCUGGAGCUGCGAACCACUCGGACAGGACCGAUCGCUCGAAUACUACUGGCUGCUUUCCCGCACUCCAACCCUGCCGGAAGAUGAAGAGCUCAGGGACCGAAUCGAAAUGCUCAAGGAAGCGGCUGGAAUCGUAGACGAUGAGCUCAUCGUUACGGAACACUUUGCCGAAGGAUGCAACAAUAAACGUCUUAGUCUAUUGUAA